AGAGACUGAGAAUCAGAGCGCGCGCGUGUCUGUCUGUCUGUCCCUGGGAAGCGAGAACAUCUCUGCUUCACAGUGAUUGGCAUUGGGGGAGAGGCAUCAGUUGGCUUCAGACCCAGGGGGAAGACCAGACCAGGUCACCCCGAUUCAGACUAAGUGAGCGUUGUCCCUCCCUGUCCCACCUCUCUCUACCCGGGAAUGUCUCGGCGAAAGCAGCGGAAACCCCAACAGUUAAUCUCGGACUGCGAAGGUCCCAGCGCGUCUGAGAACGGUGAUGUGAGCGAGGACGACCACCCCCAAGUCUGUGCCAAGUGCUGCGCACAAUUCACUGACCCAGCUGAAUUCCUCGCCCACCAGAAUGCAUGUUCUACUGAUCCCCCUGUAAUGGUGAUAAUUGGGGGCCAGGAGAACCCCAACAACUCUUCGACCUCUUGCGAGCCUCGGCCUGAGGGCCACAGUAGUCCGCAGGCCAUGGAGGCCGAGCAAAGCAACCCCUCGGACUGCGCGUCCUCUGUACCCACAGAUCCCACCUGGGGCCCCGAGCGGAGGGGAGAGGAGUCUUCUGGGCACUUCCUCAUUGCUGCCACAGGUACAGCAGCUGGGGGAGGUGGGGGCCUGAUCUUGGCCAGCCCCAAGCUGGGAGCAACUCCAUUACCGCCGGAGUCCACCCCUGCACCCCCUCCUCCUCCGCCUCCUCCUCCCCCCACAGGGGUAGGCAGUGGCCACUUGAACAUCCCUCUGAUCUUGGAAGAACUCCGGGUGCUGCAGCAGCGCCAGAUUCAUCAGAUGCAGAUGACUGAGCAAAUCUGCCGGCAGGUGCUGCUGCUAGGCUCCUUAGGCCAGACAGUGGGCACCCCUUCCAGUCCCUCGGAGCUACCUGGGACAGGGACUGCCUCCUCCACCAAGCCCCUGCUGCCUCUCUUCAGUCCCAUCAAGCCUGUCCAAACUGGCAAAACACUGGCACCUUCCUCCACCUCCUCCUCAGGGGCAGAAGCACCCAAGCAGGCUUUCUUCCACCUUUACCACCCCUUGGGGUCACAGCACCCUUUUUCUGCUGGUGUGGUCGGGCGAAGCCACAAACCCACCCCUGCAGCCUCCCCGGCCCUGUCGGGCAGCACGGAUCAGCUGAUCGCCUCGCCUCACCUGGCAUUCCCAGGCACUACGGGACUCCUGGCAGCGCAGUGUCUUGGGGCAGCCCGGGGCCUCGAGGCUGCUGCUUCCCCAGGGCUCCUGAAGCCAAAGAAUGGAGGUGGAGAGUUGGGUUAUGGGGAAGUGAUGGGCCCCUUGGAGAAGCCCGGUGGGAGGCACAAAUGCCGCUUCUGCGCCAAAGUAUUUGGUAGUGACAGUGCCCUGCAGAUCCACCUGCGUUCCCACACAGGCGAGAGACCCUAUAAGUGUAAUGUGUGUGGCAACCGCUUUACCACGCGAGGCAACCUCAAAGUGCAUUUCCACCGGCAUCGGGAGAAGUACCCACAUGUGCAGAUGAACCCUCACCCGGUGCCAGAGCAUCUCGACUAUGUUAUCACCAGCAGCGGCCUGCCCUAUGGUAUGUCGGUGCCGCCAGAGAAGGCUGAGGAGGAGGUAGGUGUGCCGGGUGGAGGUGUGGAACGCAAGCCUCUGGUGGCCUCCACCGCCGCCCUCAGUGCCACAGAGAGCCUCACGCUGCUCUCCACCGGUGCAGGCACCACUACGGCCCCUGCGCUUCCUGCUUUCAAUAAGUUUGUGCUCAUGAAAGCAGUAGAGCCAAAGAAUAAAGCGGAUGAAAACACCCCGCCGGGGAGUGAGGGCUCAGCCAUCGCCGGGGUGGCAGAAAGUGGCUCAGCAACCCGCAUGCAGCUAAGUAAGCUGGUGACAUCGCUACCCAGCUGGGCCCUGCUUACCAACCACUUGAAGUCCACUGGUAGCUUCCCCUUCCCUUAUGUGCUGGAGCCCUUGGGGGCUUCACCCUCCGAGACCUCCAAGCUUCAGCAGCUGGUAGAAAAGAUUGACCGUCAAGGAGCUGUGGCAGUGGCCUCUACUGCCUCGGGUGCCCCCACAACCUCUGCCCCUGCAGCUUCAUCAUCAGCCUCAUCUGGACCCAACCAGUGUGUCAUUUGUCUCCGGGUGCUGAGCUGUCCUCGGGCACUGCGCCUGCAUUACGGUCAGCAUGGAGGUGAGCGGCCCUUCAAAUGCAAAGUGUGUGGCAGAGCUUUCUCUACCCGAGGCAAUCUGCGUGCACAUUUCGUGGGCCAUAAGGCUAGUCCAGCUGCCCGGGCCCAGAACUCCUGCCCCAUUUGCCAGAAGAAGUUCACCAACGCUGUUACUCUGCAGCAGCAUGUUCGGAUGCACCUGGGGGGCCAGAUCCCCAAUGGUGGCACUGCACUCCCUGAAGUGGGGGGAGCUGCCCAGGAGAACGGCUCUGAGCAAUCGACAGUCUCCGGAGCGGGGGGCUUCCCCCAGCAGCCAUCCCAGCAGCCAUCCCCAGAGGAGGAGUUGUCUGAAGAAGAGGAAGAGGAUGAAGAAGAGGAAGAAGAUGUGACCGAUGAAGAUUCCCUGGCGGGAAGGGGCUCUGAAAGUGGAGGGGAGAAGGCCAUAUCCGUGCGAGGUGAUUCAGAAGAGGCCUCUGGCACUGAGGAGGAAGUGGGGACUGUGGCAGCGGUGACCACAGCUGGGAAGGAGAUGGACACUAAUGAGAAGACCAUUCAACAGCCGUGUCUGCUGCCGCCGCCACCAGCUGAAACCCUGGAUCAGACACAGCCAAUGGAGCAGGGAGGCAGUGAUGCCGCCGGAGGCACGGAAGAGGGGGCAAAACCGGAGAGGAGCUCCAGCCCAGGGUCAGCACUGGCCCUUGAAGGGGAAGGCAGCAGCACCCCCUUGGUGGAGGAGCUGAGCCUGCAGGAAGUGAUGAGAAAGGAGCCCGGGGAGAGCAGUGGCCGAAAGGCCUGUGAGGUGUGUGGCCAGACCUUUCCCACCCAGGCAGCUCUGGAGGAGCAUCAGAAAACCCACCCCAAGGAGGGGCUGCUCUUCACUUGUGUUUUCUGCAGGCAGGGCUUUCUCGAGCGGGCUACCCUCAAGAAGCACAUGCUGCUGGCCCACCACCAGGUGCACCUGAGCACCCACAUAUGGAAUUACAGCCCACCCCAAAGGGGGCAGCACCUGUCCCUGGAGGGCCUAGGGCCACUCCUCUCUGGUGACCAGGUCAACCUGCAUGGCUUCUUGUCCCAGGGCAUUCCUUCCCAGCUGGUGAGGGUGGGCCCGCUGUCUCUUUGGAACCAGGACACAACCUUCCUGUCAAGUGACCUGCCCACCAAGCCCCAAACUUCCAGUUCCAUCUCCAUCUCCACUACCACUUCAGGCCCUGCCCGACCAGUGCUGUUUGGCCCAGGAACUGAGGCCGGGAAGUUGCCUCCAGCAGUGGGAUCCAGAGAAGCCAAGGAGAAGAGAGCUCCCCUUUUCCUCUUUUGGCCUCUUGCAUCCAAGACAGUGCCUGGAAAGCCCAUCAUAAAGAGAAGUAGCAGAUUGUACCUUCCUUCUCCUUCCCCGUGCCAACAGUGAAAAUGCAACAAUAUCUGUCUCGUGGCCCAGCCCCAGGGGGUAGGGAGAAAUGAAAGGCACAGGACAUUCUUCCUGCUAGUAAGGCACUCGUGUCUUAGUCACAUUAAGGUAAAAGUGUUGGCCGGUUAAUAUGCCAAGAUAUUUUGAGCUUCUCAUAUCCUUCAUCUUUGCCUCUCAAAGUUAGCAAAACAAGUGGAAUUCUUGCUGAGAGGUCUCCCAUGGGAUGGCUCUUUGGGGGAAGGAAAUGUGAAGUUCAUAUCUUUAGCAAGCAUUGUUCAUGAGGGUAGUUGAAGGACUAAUGGAGAGUUGAGUGUUGUAAAGCGUAAGGCUUGGUGCAAACCUAUGUGAUUAAUAAAGGGGCGAGAUGUAAAGGAGGAGACCUCACAUUCUUAUUUGGAUAGGUCGAUGGGUCUCAUGAAUGUUCUUUUGGACUCAAGGUGACUUAAGUGUGCCACAGUGCACCGUGGAUCGGGGGGGUUUCCUAGCACUAGUGUGCUUCUAGUUUUAGAUAACUCCCUCCUUUUUUCCCUAGCCCCUUGUAUUUUCCUCACCUUCCUCUCUCAAGGUCCACUUCCUCCCCAUUUUGCCUGUCCAUGGACCUGGGUUUGUGUCUUUGUCACUGUCUGGUUCAUAGAGUCCCAGACUUUGGGAGAGGAGCCCCAGGUGCUGUCCUCCCUGCCUCUCUGUCUUGUAAUGAGAUGUAGUAUUUACUCUUAACAUAGGAUCAUCUGGAACAGGAGUUCUGAGGGGGAGGGGGUGAAGCUUCUGCUAUUGACUGACGUGAUGGCUCCUCCAAAGGUGUAGGCUCCAGAGUUUCCUAACAUAGUAAAAUGUGAAGAGCAGACAAGGGAGAUACUAGUGUCUUUCCCUUUUCAUUAAAGGUGUCUUAACC